GCAGAAGGAAAGAUGUGGAAGAUUUCCCUGCUGCCCCAGGUCCUGACUUUGGGAAUCCUUGGCCUCCUGAUUCAAGCCCCAGGGCAUCAUGCUGAUGAUCUCAUCAGGACCACUGAGUCUGGACAGAUCGAAGGGACUCAAAUCAGUAUCAAGGAGAUUGACAAAGUUGUCAAUGUUUUCCUGGGAAUCCCCUUUGCCAAAUCCCCUGUAGGGGCCCUGAGGUUUUCUCCUCCACAACCACCUGAUUCAUGGAGCAAUGUGAGAGAUGCCACUGCUCAUCCACCCUCGUGCUUGCAGGAUGUCACUCUCCUAGAAAAAAUGGCAAGGAGCAUGAAAAUGAACAUCCCCAUUACUGCCAGUUCUGAAGACUGUUUGUACCUCAAUAUCUAUGUUCCUGUCCACACAAAGGAGGGGGCCAGGUUGCCGGUAAUGGUGUGGAUCCAUGGUGGUGGUCUCAUUAUUGGCUCUGCUCCCAUGCACGAUGGUUCAAUAUUGUCUGCCUCCCAGAAUGUUAUAGUAGUCACCAUCCAGUACAGACUGAGCAUCCUUGGGUUCCUCAGCACUGGUGAUGAGCAUGCACCUGGCAACUGGGGUUACCUGGAUCAGGUGGCUGCCCUGAGGUGGAUCCAGAAGAACAUUCCCCACUUUGGAGGAGAUCCUGGCCGUGUGACCAUCUUUGGCGAGUCUGCUGGGGGAAUGAGUGUUUCCUUACAUGUUCUGUCCCCCAUGUCCAAAGGCUUGUUCCACAGAGCCAUCAUGCAGAGCGGUGUGGCCAUCAACCUUGGCUUGAUGUCUUCCAGGUCUGAAGUGGUUCCAAAUGAGGUCAUUGCCAAUCUGUCUGCUUGUGAGAGUCACAGUUCUGCCUCCAUGGUUCAGUGCCUUAGGAGCAAAUCUGAGGAUGAGAUGCUGGCCAUUACCAAGAAAUUCAUGAUAACAUCUCCUGUAGUUGAUGGACAAUUCCUCACCAACCAUCCUGAAGAGUUGCUGGCUGCAGGAGAAUUCCACCAUAUCCCUUCUAUCAUCGGUAUCAACAACCAUGAAUUUGGCUGGACGAUUCCUUUUGGAAUGGGCAUUCUUGGAUUUAAGGAAAACAUGGAUAAAGCAAGUGUCCAAUCAGCAAUGCAAAAUCCACUUUUGGGUAUUUCUCCUGAGCUUAGGCAUUUGAUGAUGGAAGAGUGUUUAAGAGAUACUAAGGACCCUGGAGAAUAUCAAGCUCAAUUCCUGGACAUGAUGGGGGAUAUGUUCAUGGUUAUUCCUUCUCUUAAGCUAGCCAAAUAUCAACACAGUGCCAGCUCUCCAGUAUACUUUUAUGAAUUCCAACACCAAUCAAGUCUAUUUAAGGGCCUGAGGCCAGAUUUUGUGAAAGCAGACCAUGGCGAUGAGGUGCCUUUUGUCUUCGGAGUGCCUUUUUUAGAAGAAGUAACAGAAGACGAAAAACUCCUAAGCCACAGGAUAAUGAGCUACUGGGCAAACUUUGCACGUCAUGGGGACCCAAAUGGAGCAGACCUUGUUCACUGGCCAGUCUAUGACCAGAAGGAAGAGUACAUGCAGCUGAAUUUGCAGUUGUCUGUGGGCAAGAGCCUGAAAAGGGAUAAGUGGGAGUUCUGGACCAAGACUGUGCCUCAGAAGAUGAAGAAACCACAGCCUGAAAAAGUGCAGGAGGAGUUGUGAUCUCUAAGCAUAAUAGUUUUUGAAAUUGUUGCAGACCAAUAACACCCAAUCAUUUGCUUUGAGUAGUUCCUAGGUCUCAGCUGAAAUAUAUUGCAGUUUUGAAUAAAAUACUUUGUCUCUUACUCAUUAC